AAGUAAAAUGGCUUGCGGACUCGCACUGAAAAGACCUCUGCAACACGAGUAUGAAUCUUUUUUAACUGAUGAGACAUACAACGGAGAAGCAAAGCGAGCCAGAACGCAAUGCCCUCCUUUCCGUGCUCAAAUGGGAACUAUUGCCGCUACACUGCCGUCAACCAGCACAUUUGCUCAGAAGUUCAAAGAACAGGAGGAAAGCGUCUUCCAAGCAGCUACACUUAUGACUCGUUUGUCUCGAAAUCAGCUCAAAACAUAUCUCAGUUCGGAAGUGAAAAACCUGCGCAAGCGAAAAGCCAUUCCACGCAGCAAUGACUUUGAUGAUGAUGGAGAUCAAAGAGGAGACGGAUGCAGCUCAAACUACUCAAAAGCUUACAGAGCUCCUUCUUCUCCCAAGUCUGGAUCGGAUUCCGAGGGUGAAGCACCAUCAACAUCUGUGACUGAUCGUUCCAGCGCCAAGAGGGAAUUUACAAUGGCAAAUGUUCAAAUGAUAUGCGAACGUCUGCUCAAACAACAAGAAAUCCGUCUGAGAAAUGAGUUCGAAAUGGUUCUGACUAAGAAGCUUGAUGAGCAACACCAGCAAUACGUCCAAUUUGCUGCCGAGCAGCUGAACUCCAAAUGUGUGAGCACUGGGGAUGACUAUUCCUAUUCGUACCUCUCCUAAAUCAAUCAUGGUCGGCCGAUAAAACAGCAAAACAUCCGUUCAUAAUCCCAAUUUGCUUUUUUCUCAACAUUUCAACAAAAAUUUCUAAAACUAAAUGAAGUUGAAACUACUUGCUUUUUGAAGUCUUUUCUACUUUCUUUUUUUCGUAUAAUUUGAACUUUUAAUCGUCAUUCUCCCCCUCCCCUCCACAGUUUCUUGAUCACUGGUAUGUUUCAAAGUUAAAUGCGGUUUUUCUGAUGGUUUUCUCCCUCAUUUUUCCGCUUCCCUCCACUCCCAUCGCCUUUGACCUUUUCUUUUACCUCUCAAUAGGCAUUGACUGUACGAGGUUUUUAUUAUGAAAUUAAAAAGAGAUUAGAUUUUCGUAGCUUCCUUUACACAUUACAGCUUCUUUUUGGCCUUUUUUUGUGCUCGCACCCACCCUUUCAUUGUGAAUGUGAUAUUAUUUGUGAGCAUUUCCACCUUCCAAUCUAAAAUUGACCCUGCUCACUUCCCACCAAUCUCCUCUCCCCUAAUCGAUAAUUUUCGUUGUGUGACCAUCUAUUUUAUUAUUCCCCCUUUUUCUGCCACUAUGUUUCAUUAUCUCCCAUUGCUACUUUUUCGCUUUCCAUCGUUUUAAAUAAAGAGUGCUUCGAAGAA